AUGCCUGCCUCUGAUCAUGGGCAUGAUGCCGAGCCGCUCCACGGCUUCCCCAACGGCAAUGGCCAUCCGAAGAGCAACAAACCCCCACUGCGUCGCGCAGAGGAAACGCAAGAACUCCUUGACGCCGUAAGAGACCUCAUCAUCCCAUACAUCAAGGCCGCAGACGACGCCGCCUCGGCCAAGGCGACUGGCCUUCCGGAGAGUCAUGUAAACGGCCGGCCGCGCAACACCCUCGUGGAGCCGUACCCGCCGCAGGAGCUGUUGCGGCGCCUUGGGUUCUCGCUCCCGUCGGACCAAGGGCUGGGAAAGGAGGGACUCGUCGACGUGGUCCGGGAUGUGCUGCGGUACAGCGUCAACACCUGGGACCAGGGCUUCAUGGACAAGCUGACGGCCAGCACCAACGCCGUGGGGGUGGUGUCGGAGAUGGUGCUCGGGGUGCUCAACACUAACGUCCACGUCUACCACGUCUCGCCCGCCCUGACCAUCAUAGAGAAGACCACGGCCAAGGCUCUGGCGUCGUGCUUUGGCUUCGACGGGCCGCACGCCGGGGGCGUCACCUGCCAGGGGGGCAGCGCGUCCAACCUGACGUCCCUGGCCAUCGCCCGCAGCGCGCUGUACCCGGACACGAAGCUGCAUGGCGGCGCGGCGCAUCGGUUCGCCGUCUUCACCAGCGCGCACGGGCACUUUUCCGUCGAGAAGGCGGCCGUGACGUGCGGCAUGGGCGCGUCGAGCGUCGUGAGCGUGCCGGUCGACGGGCUGGGCCGCAUGAUGCCCGAGGCCCUGCGGACGCUCGUGCUCGACGCCCGCGCCGGCGGCAUGACGCCCCUGUACGUCAACGCGACGGCGGGGACGACCGUCAUGGGCGCGUACGACCCGGUGCGCGCCCUCCGGCGGGUGUGUGACGAGUUCGGCAUGUGGCUGCACGUCGACGGCUCGUGGGGCGGCUCGGUGUGCUUCUCGCGCAGGCACCGGCACAGACUCGACGGCUGUGGGCUCGCCGACUCGCUGACGGUGAAUCCGCAGAAGAUGCUCAAUGUGCCCAUGACGUGCUCGUUUCUCCUGACGGGCGACCUGCGCCGCUUCCACGCCGCCAACUCGCUCCGCGCGGGGUACCUCUUCCACGACGACGACGAGAGCGAGGAGGAGGUCUGGGACUUGGCCGACCUGACGCUGCAGUGCGGCAGGCGCGCCGACAGCCUGAAGCUCGCCCUCGCGUGGGUGUACUACGGGCCCGCGGGCUUCGAGAGGGGCGUCGACCACGCCUUCGACAUGGCGGGCCGGCUGACGGAUCUGGUGGCGGCGUCGCCCGACUUUGAGCUCAUAUCGAUGGACCCGCCGUCGUGUCUUCAGGUGUGCUUCUACUACGCCCCGGGGGGAGCGGUGUCGGAAGCGAGCGAGGAGAACUCGAGACGCACGAGGGCCAUGGUGGAAAAGAUGCUCCUGCGGGGCUUCAUGUUUGACUUUGCUCCGGGACCCAGGGGUCACUUCUUCCGUGUCGUCGUCAACUGCCAGACGCUGGCCGGCACCGUCGACGGGCUGUUCAAGGCCUUGGGGGAGGUCGGAGAGGAAGUCGUCGCGUGA